AUGGACGCCCCGCCUACAUAUCUAAAUAUGCCCGCCCACGUCGAGUCCUCCCAAUCACAAGCUUUACUCGUCGACAUGCAAUGGAAGAAACUGCAAUUCCUCGUCAAAGACGCCAACAAUCCCGAUGCAACCCCCCUCUACAGCGUCCGCCUGCAAACGGUCUUCGCGCCACACCUAAAAUUCAAAGCCAUCGAAGGCACUGAAGAACGCGAAGUCGGCUCGGGAACAAUUCACACCUUCGGCAUCAGCCCCGAUUAUGAGCUGCACGGCCGCCAAAGCACACUCAAGGCGCAGAAGCGCUUUCGAACCCACUACACGCACAUGUCGCACGUCUUCGCCGACACAAAAGAGCCCGUGCAGAUGACAUGGACCAGCAACACGGAUUUCAAGGGCUGGGACUUUAUAUGCGUGGAUGAUAAGCAGAUGCCCGUCGCGAAGUUCUCGGCCAAUCUAUGGGCUGUGAGGAAAUUUGGCAAGAUCGAGCUUCUGGGCCCCAAAGCUUUUGAUCCGGCUGCGAGGGAUGAGAUCGUUGUUCUUGCUGUGACACUGUUCUACUGUAUGUAUAUACGCGUGAACAACCCGUUCAACCUUCUUGGAUCUGCUUUCCUGUCGAAGGAGAAGACCGACCAAGCCCAGCCCCAAGAGGAACUUGCCGGUAGCAGUGAUAUCGGUGAAAAGCAAGACGUCAUUGAGAAGCAGCAUAUCAAGGCAAAACAUGAGAUUUAUUAA